GCAUGGCUACCAUGCGGCCAGGAGACUCUGUGGAAAUUACACAGCCAUCAAGUAGCCCAAGCAUCGACGGGAUUGUCCGGACCAGAGAAAGUUCUUUCUGCAGCUCGCGCAGUUCACUUACCUGUCCAGACUGUACAGUUUUUAGGUCUCCUAACUCGUGAAAGCUUGUAUUUCUUUUCCCACGCACCUAUACAGCCCACUUAUAGACCUCAUGCUCCAAUGCCCGGAUUCGGUUUUGAAACCGGUAUGUAUCAACCCACACCACGACCUCCGUCUUUCGGUACCGGCAGCCUACCGCGCAAUAUUCCUAUUCAGGUUGUCAAGCAUGAAGUGACUCGAUCACCCACACCGAGACGUGCCGCGCAGUCGCCUGAAGCAGAUGGGUCGUCAUGCCGCACACCGCCCUCUGAGGCGGCGUUAGUCGGCCAUUCAAAACAAUCUGGUUCGAUGAGUGGUGAUGUAAUCCGGAAUAGGCAUACUCUAAAUGUCGCCGGUCGUCGCCAGCAACCAUCAGACAAGGAAGCUACUCAAUAUCUACAUCAUUCUGAAGAACCACAAACAAUAAAAGUAUUUCAUGGAUCCGAUGUCAGUGAACAGGUUGGCUCUGAUGCAGCGACGGGUGGAGAUGCAGAAAGAGAACGUGAUAACAAUUCAAUUAAACCAUCACAGGAAGAUGACAACGAACGCUGUUCAUCGCUUAAGACCGUUCCCUCUUUUGAACCGAUUCCCUUACCCUACUACUCGCUUCCAACUCAACUUCCAACGGUCAGCGUAGACAAACUGAAGCAAUCCACAAAAGACCCGACUGAAGCGCCCACCAGUUCUGCUGCAGAUAAGCCACAACCACCUCCGGUCACCUCGUAUGACUUGAUUUCAAAGGCCCUGGAUGAGUUGGAACUCCUUAAACCAGAGGUUGAUGCAUUUGCAUCACCCGAAAAAGAUAAACAAUACAUCUAUCUCGAGGAUCGACUGGACAAAUUAGUUUCCAAAAUUGACCAGAUCGAGGCUGAUGGCGACGAAGAUGUGCGAAAUAAACGGCGGGAGGCGAUAAAACAAGUCCUUGGAACGAUUACUUUGUUAGAACAGAAACUUGCCACAGCCAAAUCAUCAUCGAACUCGUGUAAGUCUGACACGCAAGCAGAACCUGAUUCGACUACCUUGUCAGAUCCCGAAACAUCUAUAGUACCGACAACCACUGAACCCAGUGUCUGAUACGUUUACUGUUCCACUUAUCCCCGAGUUCUCCAGUGGACUGAAAUGCUUCUUAUUUGAAAACAGAAAUGCGAAGUUGACCUUGUUGUUGUUUUUAACCUCCACGUUCGUUCGCUGCUUACACUCAUUGACUGACUUUCGGAAUCCGAGGAAGAUGUUGAAAACAUCUGUAUACAAUUCUAGGUGCUCAAAAGUUUGUUUGACUGGAUUCGUCUUUUCCUUCCUCAUAGUCACUCGGUGCCUGAUAGACCGUGCCUUUCUUUCUCUUCUAUUCAAGCUAUAUUUCCUUGCCUCUUCAUAUCUUAUAAUAAACUGACUUGAACCGAUAAAAUCCUUUCAUAUUCUUUUUGUUGUCGUGGUGGAACGAGUUGUUGUGUCUUGAUGUUGUGAC